AUGCAGGCUCCAGUAGUGGUAAUGAACACCGGUGCCGGUGAACGGCAGACGGGUCGCAAGGCCCAGAUGUCCAACAUCGCGGCCGCCAAGACCGUCGCCGACAUUAUUCGAUCAUGCUUGGGUCCCAAGGCUAUGUUGAAGAUGCUCCUCGACCCCAUGGGCGGUAUCGUCCUUACCAACGAUGGCCAUGCCAUCCUCAGAGAGAUUGAGGUCUCGCACCCUGCAGCAAAGAGCAUGAUCGAGCUCAGCCGGACACAAGACGAAGAGGUUGGCGAUGGUACAACAACGGUCAUUAUUCUGGCUGGCGAGAUGCUUGCGCAGUCCCUCCCUCAGCUCGAGCGUAACAUUCACCCCGUCCAGAUCAUCGCCGCCUUCCGCCGCGCGCUGAAGGACGCCCUCGAGAUCGUCGACGAUAUCUCCCUCCCCAUCGAUGUCAACGACGACAAGGCCAUGCGCGGCCUCAUUUCCUCUUCUAUCGGCACCAAGUUCAUCUCGAGAUGGUCCGACCUGAUGUGCGACCUGGCUCUCCGCGCAGUCCGCACCGUCACCUGGGAGGCCGGCAACGGAAAAACCGAGGUCGACAUCAAGAGAUACGCACGUGUGGAGAAGGUGCCGGGCGGUGAGAUCGAGGACAGCAGAGUGCUAGACGGAGUCAUGCUCAACAAGGACAUCACCCACCCCAAGAUGCGCCGGAGAAUAGAGAAUCCCAGAAUCGUCCUCCUCGACUGCCCCUUGGAGUACAAGAAGGGCGAGUCGCAGACCAAUAUCGAGAUUUCCAAGGAGGAGGACUGGAACCGUAUCCUGCAGAUUGAGGAGGAGCAGGUUAAGGCUAUGUGCGAGGGUAUUAUUGCUCUUAAGCCCGAUCUGGUCAUUACCGAGAAGGGUGUCUCAGAUCUCGCUCAGCACUACUUCAUGAAGGCUAACAUCACCGCCCUCCGCCGCGUUCGCAAGACGGACAACAACAGAAUAGCAAGAGCGACGGGCGCCACCAUUGUCAACCGCGUCGAUGACAUCCAGGACUCCGAUGUCGGCACGCUCUGCGGCCUGUUUGAGAUUGAGAAGAUUGGCGACGAGUACUUCACCUUCCUCACCGGAUGCAAGAACCCCAAGGCCUGCACAGUGCUCCUCCGCGGCCCGUCGAAGGACGUGCUCAACGAGAUUGAGCGUAACCUGCAGGAUGCCAUGGGUGUUGCUCGCAACGUCAUGUUCAACCCCAGACUCUCCCCCGGUGGUGGUGCUACUGAGAUGGCCGUCUCGGUGCGGUUGAGCCAGCUCGCAAAGGGCGUCGAGGGUGUCCAGCAAUGGCCGUACAAGGCCGUCGCUGACGCGCUUGAGGUUAUCCCCCGUACCUUGGUCCAGAAUGCCGGUGCCAGCCCCGUCAGAGUACUGACUGACCUGCGCGCCAAGCACGCAGAGGGUAAGCACUCGUGGGGUAUUAACGGUGACUCUGGCGUUGUCGCCGACAUGAAGGAGUACGGUGUGUGGGAGCCGGAGGCUAUCAAGUUGCAGAGCAUCAAGACGGCGAUUGAGUCCGCUUGCUUGCUCCUCAGAGUAGACGACAUUUGCAGCGCAAGAAAGGCAGCGCAAAUGGGCAACGGCCUGCACGGAGGUGGCGACGAAUAA